UGGAGAAAAAACUUAAACAAAUUGACAGAAAAAAAAGUUACUAGUCAUAUUUUUGUUUUAUUUUUACGUUUACAGAUAUUAUAUUUUGUAGGUACAGGUUUACAAAAUUUUAAGAUUACUAAUGCAAGAAAGAGAGAUAAAUACUUUUUUCAACAUACAGGAGAAAUUUUUAUUAUUUUUAAACGAGAGUGUGGAGACAUUAGAGUUUGCUCAAUAUUAUAAGGAUAACUAUAUGUCAAAACCGGAGUUUUGGGCAUAUUGUUUUCGACUCAAUAGUGGUAUAAACACCAACAUGCAUAUUGAGCGUAUGCAUCGCACUAUCAAGCACAUUUACCUACAUGGUAAAUUUGUGAAAAGACUUGACAAAGCUAUUGAUGGAAUAAUGAAAUUUGUUAGAGACAAGCUGUUCGAAAGAGUAAUAAUAUUGUACAAAGGUAAAGUUUCCACCAAGUUAAGUGAUUUAAGACACCGACAUAAAUUAAGCGAAACAAUGGACAUUAAAAAAGUUAUUUAUAAUAAUUUAACUUAUACUGUGGUAUCAUCUUCAACUAAUGAGAUGUAUACAGUUGAGGAAGUUAAGUUGGAUUGCACAUGCAAGUUAAUUUGUGAUGAAUGUAACACUUGCAUACAUCAUUUUAGCUGCUCGUGUCUCGAUAACUCCAUUAAAUGGAACAUGUGCAAACAUAUCCAUUUGGUUUGCAGAUAUAUAAACCAGUUACCAAAGGCUGUUGAGAUCAUUGAAGAAGAAUCAUUUCUUGCAGAAAAUAAUCUUAUCAUGGAUGUUAACAAAAAAGAUCAAGAAAUCUCAAGCUUAAUUGAAACAAUUACCACUAAUAAGCCAAUGCAACAAAAAAAUUAUUAUGAUCAAGUUUGUGAAAGGAAACAAAAAAUUAUGGAUGAAAUGGCUCGGCUACAAAACGAAAUUAAGUUGGUCAAUUCUAUUGAAGAAAUUGAGGUAUUUGAAAGAAAUAUGGCACCAAUUUGGCCAUGCCUUGCUGCUGUAAGAGACCACCGCAAAUCACAUGUUGGUUUACCAGAAGUAUCAGCUUCUAUCAAAAACAUACCACCUAACAAAAAAAUAGAGCCUCAGAGGAGAUUAUAUAGGACAAAAAAACAACCAAAAGGGAAGAAAUUAACACUGAACAAACCCUCAGCUCAAGAAGCAGAUUUGUUAGCAGCUCAAUUAUUGCUAAAGAACAAGUUAGAAUAAAAUCCUUUCAGCAAC